UCUCUCUGCCCACGUUUGAUGUGGAGCACCAGCGAUUAGAUUAUUGCAGUGGAAGGAUAUAACCGAGGGCUGUGUGCGCACAGACGCGCGGAUUAAAGGACGGCUCGGCGCAGGUCUGAUGGAGACGGUCAGGGGAGUGUCUCCGUUGACAGCGCACCUCAGCGACACACACCGAGCUACUAGCCUGCUAGCUGCGCCGCACUCGUCGGUGUCGAUAGCAACGGGUUCCCCCUUCGGACGUCCGCCAUGGAUUUGAACAACAUCUUAUCGCAGCUCGAAGCGGCCGGCGAGCAGGACAUCGAGACGCUUCUCCGCGAUUAUAACCGAGAGAACGACCGCACCUUCAAAUUUGACCAAAAGGAAGAAGCCCUGCGCAGGAAGCUGUGUCAGAGUGUGUUGACGGUACUCGGGAGACCGGUGCAGCCCACCUGUCAGAGGACAUGUCUGGAGACACUUCGCAUACUGUCCCGUGAUAAGUGCGUCCUGGGACCUGUGGCCACCAGGGAAGGGAUGCUGACCCUGGGACGGAUGGCCAGGCUUAAUGUUGGAGAGGAAGUGGGCGACAAUCAGAAAAGCUCUCAGGAAGGGACACAGUCGGAGGAGGAGGAGAAGGUGGUUAUAGAGGCCUUGAAGUGUCUAUGCAAUGUGGUGUACAACAGUCUUGCGGCUCAGCAGGUCAGUGUAGAGGUGCAGAUGGCUCAGGGCUUGUGUGCCAGUCUACAUACGGCCCGCACAUGGCACCACGAGGUGGGCCUGUUCACACUGCGCCUUCUUUUCCUGCUGUCUGCCCUGCUGCCUGGCGUCAGAGGAGUUCUGAGGAGGGAGUGCCAUGCGGUGAAGCUGCUGACGGAGGUGCUGGAGCACACGCUGGAUGUGCGCUGGGAGGGUCCCUAUGAAGCGGCCCGUCCGGAUCCCCAGGCCGGGCCCACGUCUGCAGAAGACAAUGAACGAGCGAUGGAAGCGCUCAAAGCCUUGUUCAACCUCACGCUAUCUGACAAUGGGGGAAGGGAAGAUGAUCACCAGUUCAGAGUCAUCGCUGCUGUCCUGCGACAUGUAUUGAUGCUGAAAACUGAGACAGAUGAUAAAACAGAGGAAGCACACAGCCAUGCUGUCAACUUGCUGAAUAACCUGCCUGUAUCCUGCCUGGACGUGUUGAUUGAUUUGCCUGUCCAAGGAGGACUAGAGACGUAUGGGGGCAAAAAUAUGGAUGCCAUCCAGGUUUUGCUAGACUUCAUGGAGAAAAGACUCAACAAGCAGGGCUCCAACUACAAGGAGGGGCUCACUCCUGUGCUCAGCCUUCUGACUGAGGGUUCCAGACACCACAGAGAGAUACGCAGAUAUAUCAAAGCUCAGGUCCUUCCUCCACUGAAAGAUGUGAAAAUCAGGCCAGAGGUUGGUACCACCAUCCGAAACAAGUUGGUUCGCCUAAUGACUCAUGUUGACAUGGGUGUCAAGCAGACGGCUGCAGAGUUUCUCUUUGUCCUCUGUAAAGAGAGCGUGGACAACCUGUUAAAAUACACAGGAUAUGGAAAUGCAGCAGGACUUUUGGUGGCACGUGGACUUCUGGCUGGUGGGAGAGGAGAGACUCAGUACUCAGAAGAUGAAGACUCUGAUACAGAGGAAUACAAAUCUGCCAAACCCUUCAUCAACCUUAUCACGGGUCAUGUAGAGGAGCCCAUGCCAAAUCCAAUCGAGGAGAUGACAGAAGAGCAGAAAGAGUAUGAAGCAGAGAAGCUGGCCAAUAUGUUUUACAACAUUUCAAGGCAAAAUGUGAUUCGACCCAUGCGUGUCAAGCCAGAUGGGACUUUAGCACCUCUGGAAGAAACGCUUUGUGACCCACCUGAGGAAAACUCAGACUCUGACUAAUGCACUGCAAGGCCACCACCAGGUCCCAACACACAAAGCUGUGUCCCAUUUCAAGGUCUGAGCCCUUAGAAAUGUUAGGCUGAACCUGAGUCUAAAUGAGAACAAGAAUAAAUAGCACUGUCUGUAAGAACCCUUCACAGGUACUGGAAGUAGCAGUGAGAUAAAGCAGCACUUAAUGCACUAACAGCUCCUUUUUAUAAAUGAAUGAAACUGAUGUUUAGUGACAGUGGCUUGGACUUCUGUUUUAGUGAAAGCACCCAAGGCGUGAAUGUGCUUUGAUCCAUCAAUACAUCGACUGUUAUCCACUUGAAUGUAAACACCAUCAGCUACACACAAUGUGGUCAAGCGAUAUUUGUCAGUUUUAAAAGAUGUGGUUUACCUGUCGCCUCAGUACAGAGCUGGCUGUAUAAAAUACUUUCUUUCCAAGAUUUGUUUAGAUGAACUUUCCUUCCAAAAUGUACCUUGUGAUAAGCCUUGAAGUGGGACAUAGCUCAACAUUUCACAGGAGAUUGUAGGGCCGUGUUGCUGCUGUGAGCCAUUCCAGUGUGGAUGUGGACUCGACACAGGACGCACGGAAGCGUUAUUAAACGGCCUCUACGUCGACCCAUUGCACCUUCAACCAUCUUCUGUUCCCCAAGUUAAGGAUUGAGACAUAGUUCAAGCUGGAUAGUGUGGAAAGGGUCUGAAAAUCAUUCCUAUAUGCUUUUGUUUUCCAUCUACUGUAUUUGUUUUGUGUACUUCUAUAUCCACACCUCUGGAGUACACGAUAUACACAUUUAGACCUAAAUCACAUUGGGGCUUCGGAGACUAGACCGUAGGACUGGUGUGUACUUCUAGAUCAGUCAGCGUUGUUGUGGACAGAUUCAACUUGCAGUUCAGUGACGCUAUAUUUUGUGUAAUGAUUUAUUGCAUACAAAUUAGCCACUAGAGGAAAACAGGGUUGCUAAUUUUAUAUAAACCUGUGAUUAGGCCGUGCAGUGAAAUUAGGAUUUUCUAUUUUAGAUCAAAAUGAGUUAUUUAUUGCUAACAACAAUCCAAAGAAAGUGAGUAUUUCUUUGAGCAGAGAACAUAUUAAGCACUCCGAGCUUCUCUGAUCUGUGACUCACUGCCCACUCUCAGCUGUUCAGAGGUCUGGAGGUUAACACGAAUACUACGUGUGAUUCUUUUUGAACCGCUUUCUUUUGCAUUUUCCUAUGACAAACCCACGUUCUUCCUGCUGGAUGACAACAAAGGGUCAGCUGUUCAGUUCAUCGACUAAUUGACAUUGGGUACUAAAAUGUUGGGCCAGCAGGACUUCAGCGCUCGACGUUCUAGUACAGUCGUAGCAGGCGUAACUUUGUUUCAUUUACUUUGUCCCGUUUGCCGAUGACUCUUUUGUAAUUAACUGCAUGUAGAUCACCUCAUGCCAUGUGAAUCAUAUUGUUCUUUCUGCACACUCUGUUCUGUAAAUAACACCAUGCUUAUUUUAUGUAGUGAGGCUUCACCUGAAAAGUUAAUAAAUGGGGAAAAUAAGA